GUGCCAAAAUAAGCAUCAGCAGUGGAGCACCCGAGCUCGGACACCUUUUCCACUGGCCACUCGGUUGGAGUCUGAGGAAGAAGUCAGAGGAGUUCACGACCGCAGACUCAACAUGAAGACAAUCAGGGUUCUUGUCCUCCUUCUGCUUGCAUCUGUCCACGUCUUCACACCAGGAGUAUUAACAGCAGCAGAACCUACAACAAUCUCAAAAACAGAACCUGCAACAACCCCAAAAGCAGCAUCAUCAACAGCCCCACAAGCAGCGCCAUCGACAACCAAAGAAGCACCAACAUCUACUGUCGUUGUUCUUGAGAGUGCCACCAACACAUCUACUAAGAAUGCAACUAAGCAUCCUGCUGUACCAACUACUGCACCAGCUGCAGGCCACAUGGAUGUUACCACCCCACCUCCAGGAGUUGAGUCUACAGCCAGUAAAACUUUGGAAAAUCAAACUUUGCAACCAACAUCUCAUGGGAACCAUUCUCAUAACAUGACAAACAUUGAACCUCCAGGACCUGAUGACAGCACUGAAAAACCCCAAACAAACAAAGGACCUGAUGACAGCACUGAAAAACCCCAAACAAGCAAAGGUACAACUAGUCCUGCCUCCCCAGGGAUGACAAAACCUUCAGGUGGAAAGCCUGGAAAUAACAUGACUGGUUCCCAGACUGGCAGUGAUGAGAAAUCAGACAAAAGGCUGUGGUGGAUUCUGUUGCCCGUCCUCCUGGUUGUAGCUGCUGCGAUGAUUGUCCUCAGGUUCAAAUGCAAGAAGAUCCACGAUCACACAGAAACCAUCGAUACUGGAACUGAGAACGCAUCUUUCCAGAGCAGACCUGAAAGCACCAAAGAUGGUGUCAUGCUCCUCGGCGUGAAGUCAUCAGGCGGAGAAGAAAAUGUUGCUGCAAGAUAAAAAAGGACUGAAACAUCAAGAUCAGCCAGCGGAUGAGUCACACCUGUCGCCCACACGCUGAUGGUCUGGAGGAGCUGUUUAGAUGUUUGAUUUCUUUUUUGCGAAACAUUUUGUGAGGCCAGGAACAGCAGGUUUUGUGUAUGAUUCUUCAUGUAUGAAGCAGAAAGGUGUUGGAGAGCGGGUUUUUAUGUAUGAUUCUGUAUGCUGAAACCAGUAUUAUAAAGCAGGGUGUGUGACUGUGAUCAUAAAUAAAAGAAUAAAAGAACUUAACACAAUAAAUCUCUUUGAUAGCUAAAUACCACAAGCACACAAACCAUUGCUUGUGGAAUAUAGUAAAUAAAAACUUAACCUAUACACCCUUUAUUUCAGUAUACUGUUGACCAAGACAAACCUAAAUACAACUGCAUAGCUAAUUUCUGUCUACAUGCUGGGCCACAAGACACAUUUUCUGUACAGUGCGCUGACCUCAGAUCCAGCACAUAUUUGAUGUAAUGAAUCAUUAUUCAUGUCAUAGUUUUAUAAUUAUCCUUUUGUUGUGAACUGUUUUGUAGAUUAUGUUUUGUGUGUCACCAAAAAAAAAAAAGAGGAACUGGCUCAUUUGAGGUGUACUCCAUUUUAACUUUUUAUGUAUUUCAUUAAAGCAUUUCUUAAAAGGAGGUAGUUAAGUAUUCCACAGGGCUUCUCCACCAGAAAUGUUUAUUAAGCUGACACUCUUUUCUCUGCUGUACUGUCACACGGCAUUUCUGUGUGAGCCUUUAGCUGAACUCAAGGUAACAAGGUGGAUUUGCAUUAACGGUGUUUCUUCUCAGCAAAUAUAAUGCACAAGCUCAAGGACUAAGUAAAGCAGGCGCAGAAGGUUGUAUUUAAAGACACUGGAACUGUUUUAUGGCUGGAUUUUGUAGUUCUCAGUUUCCUCAAUAAAUCACUAGAAAAUAA